CCCUUGCGCGGACGCGGAGCGGGGCCAGCUUCCCGAGGAUCGUUCACUCCUUUGCUCAGUCAGCGAGUGAGCGCGCGGCACCGCAGCCAGCAACCACUGUAAAAAGAGCCUCCUUUCGCUCCUCCUCCCUUUCUCCCCCACUCCCCGAUCUUGGGAUUGCCUCAGUCUUUCGGCAUGGGUAGCGAUUGAGAAACUGAAGCAAAAAGAGAAAGGUGUUGCUGAGCAGAGUUAGCUUGGGGGCGACCGAGAAAAAGCGCAGCGAGUGGAUUCAAACUUUCGGACCACAGGCUCGAUUUGCCGAGCGCUGGCGCUCCGGAUUGUCGCCGCACAGGAUGGGGCGCGGAAACCGCCGAUCUGCGGGAGUUUCAGCAACAGGCGCGGAAACUUUAGGGUCGAGACGGGUCUCUACUGCUGCUGUCCUCUUCGCUUUGCUAUUGAGCACCUUUAGCUCUGCUAUAGAUCAAAAGAAAGUUUGUCAAGGAACAACCAAUAAGCUAACCCAACUUGCAAGUGUGGAUGACCACUAUAACAACCUUAAGAGAAUGUAUGAGAACUGUGAAGUAGUGCUUGGCAAUCUGGAAAUCACUUACGUGGAUUACAACUAUAAUCUUACUUUUCUAAAGAGUAUACAAGAAGUGGCUGGCUAUGUGGUUAUAGCAAUGAAUGCAGUGAAAACUAUUCCUUUGGAGAAUCUCCAGAUAAUACGAGGGAACACACUUUAUGAAAAUGCUGCACUAGCAAUUUUAUUAAAUCACAAUGGUACAAAGGGACUUGAAGAGCUUCCAUUAAGACACUUGACAGAAAUUCUAAAUGGAGGAGUAAAGUUCAGGAGUAACCCUUAUCUCUGCAACAUGGAAAAUGUUCUGUGGGAUGACAUUUUUGAUAAAAAUAAUUUUCAGAGUUUUGUACAGUUUGACACCAGUGAAAAAACAAGGGGGUCAAUAGACUCUCACAUAUCCUGUUCUCCUUGUCAUCCGAAUUGCACAAGAGAGCAUUGCUGGGGUCCUGGUGAAGAGAAUUGCCAAAUACUAACUAAGAUUGACUGUGCAGCACAGUGCUCAGGUCGAUGCAAGGGAAGAUUGCCAAGUGACUGCUGUCAUACUCAGUGCGCAGCAGGAUGUACAGGUCCUAAAGAAAGUGACUGCUUGGCAUGUCGCAAGUUUUCGGAUGAUGCAACUUGCAAGGAGUCUUGUCCAGCUUUACAAAUAUACAAUCCCUAUACUUACCAGUUGGAAGAUAACCCAGAAGGAAAGUACAGUUUUGGAGCAACUUGUGUAAAAAACUGUCCACAUAAUUAUGUAGUAACAGAUCAUGGCUCAUGUGUCCGAUCAUGUAAUGCAGACUCUACAGAAGUAGAGCAGAAUGGCAUUCGAAAGUGUAAAAAAUGUGAUGGUCCUUGUAGCAAAGUGUGCAGUGGAAUUGGAAUAGGUGAACUGAAAGAUGUUCUUGCAGUAAAUGAAUCCAAUAUUGAUUAUUUCAAGAACUGUACCACAAUCAAUGGUGAUCUCUCAUUUCUGCAUGCAUCCUUUUUUGGUGAUCUAUACACAAAAACACCUCCUUUGGAUAUAAGGAAAUUGGGUAUUUUUAAAACUGUUAAAGAAAUUACAGGGUUUCUAUUGAUCCAGGUUUGGCCUAAAAAUGUCACUGAUUUGAGUAUUUUUGAAAAUCUGGAAGUAAUACGAGGUAGAACAAAACGGGUAGGUCAAUACGCUCUUGCAGUAAUCAACCUGAAUAUCAAAUCUUUGGGACUACGGUCUCUCAAGGAAAUAAGUGAUGGAGAUGUAGUCAUUUUGAAAAACAGACACCUUUGCUACGGCAAUACAUUGGAUUGGAAUAAACUUUUUGUAACACCAAAACAAAAAAUACAAAUAAGCAAAAAUGGAAAUGAAAGUGAAUGUGCUGGACAAGUUUGCCAUCCCUUCUGCUCAAAUAUAGGCUGCUGGGGCCCAGGACCCUUCCAGUGCUUUUCUUGCCGUUAUUUUAUCCGCCAACAGGAAUGUGUAAAACAUUGUAAUAUUUAUCAAGGAAUGCCUCGAGAAUAUGAACAAAAUUCUAGUUGCUUUCCCUGCCAUUCAGAAUGCCUUGUGCAAAAUUCAACUGAACCUUAUUUAACUUGCACAGGACCGGGUCCCGGCAACUGCUUGGAAUGUGCUCAUGUAAUAGAUGGCCCACAUUGUGUUAAAUCAUGUCCUGCUGGUAUUUUGGGAGAAAAUGAUACCUUAGUCUGGAAAUAUCCAGAUGAAAAUUUAGUAUGUCAGUUGUGCCAUCCAAAUUGUGUUCGUGGAUGCAAAGGACCUGGACCCGAAGGCUGCCCUAAUGGAUCUAAAAUCCCAUCCAUUGCAGCCGGAGUUGUUGGGAGCAUUCUUUGCUUAGUUGUUAUAACCCUGGGUGUUGGUCUUUUUGUGCGUAGACGUCGGAUUGUUAGAAAACGUACUUUGCGCAGACUGCUGCAAGAAAGAGAGCUUGUUGAACCUUUGACACCAAGUGGGGAAGCACCAAAUCAAGCACUUCUAAGAAUCUUAAAAGAAACAGAAUUUAAAAAAGUAAAAGUCCUUGGCUCUGGAGCUUUUGGUACUGUCUAUCAGGGUCUCUGGAUUCCAGAAGGAGAAAAAGUUAAAAUUCCUGUAGCCAUUAAGGAAUUAAGAGAAGCUACAUCACCAAAAGCUAACAAAGAAAUUCUUGAUGAAGCAUAUGUGAUGGCAAGUGUUGACAAUCCCCAUGUAUGCCGUUUGCUGGGAAUUUGCCUCACAUCAACUGUCCAACUCAUCACCCAGCUUAUGCCCUAUGGCUGCCUUCUUGACUACGUUAGAGAACACAAAGAUAACAUUGGAUCCCAGUACCUUCUCAACUGGUGUGUGCAGAUUGCAAAGGGAAUGAAUUACUUAGAGGAACGUCGUUUGGUACACCGUGAUUUGGCUGCCCGAAAUGUCCUUGUUAAGACACCCCAGCAUGUGAAGAUUACAGACUUUGGAUUGGCCAAAUUACUUGGUGCAGAAGAAAAGGAGUACCAUGCUGAAGGAGGCAAAGUUCCAAUUAAAUGGAUGGCUUUGGAGUCAAUUUUGCAUCGCAUUUAUACCCAUCAGAGUGAUGUCUGGAGUUUUGGUGUCACUGUUUGGGAAUUAAUGACAUUUGGAUCUAAACCAUAUGAUGGUAUUCCAGCCAGUGAAAUUUCCUCUGUCUUGGAGAAAGGAGAACGGUUGCCUCAGCCCCCCAUAUGUACAAUUGAUGUGUAUAUGAUCAUGGUCAAAU